AUCACAAUCUCUCCUCUUCCCACCCCUCAAUCUUUCGCAGUUGUAGCUUAGGGUUCUCACAGUAUUUCCUCAGACAUUGAAGACUGGCUGCUUGUGCAGAUGGAGCCAGCACGCUGCAGCAUCGAUGCGUCACCUGCCCUCCCUCCUCCGUCUCCGUCGGAGGAUGAAGGGGCCCAACUUCUCCGCAACGCGGCCGAGUCUGUCUCCGGCCCGGAAGAGCCGGGAGAACCCAAGAAACCAUGGAGGCUUGCCAGGCGCAGAGAAACCGUUAAGCUCCUCCUGACUGCUCUUGUGCUUCUCAUCGGCGUACUGGCGGUGGUCGGAUGGAUUAUGUACUGGCGGGCAACAUCGGCGCUGCACCUGGCCGGAGAGAUCAAUGGGCUGGUUCCGCAGUUCCCCGUCCGGCCCGUGCUCUUCGAGCUGGAUCCUUUGUCAACGUCAGACCACAAGACGGCCGAGUCCGAAAACGCGACGGAGGAGUAUUGGUUGUCCUUUAUGCCCCUCGGGAACGGCUUUUUAGCCGUACAGCCAGAUCCCGCGCACAUCCUGCCGCCGCCGAUGCUGUCCCAGGACAGCGAGUACUAUUCGAUUGCCGUGUUCCACCAGCUUCACUGUCUGCACAGCAUCAUGAAAGGAUACAACGACGUGGCAGACCAGCUCGAGCUGGCCAGGCGAGGUCGCUUGCAGUGGCGCGGCCGUGAUGGCUUAGGCACGAACGGCAUGCGCCACCACCCAGACCACCGGAGACACAUGGACCACUGCUUCCGUUACCUGCGGCAGUCGCUACUUUGCUGCAGCGACACGGCACUGGAAGGGCAGAACCCGCGGGCACCCCUCCCGGACACGGACGGAACAGGCGCGGUCCAUCUGUGCAAGGACUAUGCGCGUGUCAAGGCGUGGGCCGAGGAGAGGAGGAUGAACGACGCCCAUUCCGUCUGAAAUAUCACAAUUACGACCAUCUCAGACGGUGAUCUCCCCCGACCUCCCUUGUUCACACGCACCACCGCCAGCGCCAGCCCCCUGAAGGCCGUCCGAGACAGUGAU